AUGACACGAGGGAAUGAAAAAGAAGAAGCCCCACCACAGGCCAAAAUCCUUGGCUCGUUUCCCACUGGAAUAGCACCCUAUGCCGAGUUGAUGCGUGUUCAUCGACUGUUGGGCUUUUACCUGAAUACAUCCCCUUAUCUUGUGGGUGUUGCCUUUUGCGCAUCCAUCUCACCCACAAAGAUACCAAUCACUGUUCUCUUGCACCGCACCAUACUUCUAUCCAUCUGGUCUAUUUUCCUUCGAAGUGCUGGGUGUGUUUGGGAUGAUCUUAUCGAUAUGGACUUGGAUAGCCAGAUAUCUCGAACCAGAACCCGACCACUGCCACGAGGCGCAGUAUCCCCGAAGAACGCUUUCCUUCUCACUGUGACUCUCUUCGCCUGUGGGGGCAGUGUUUUGAUAUAUCUUCCAUGGCCCUGCGCCGUGGAUUGCCUUAUAAUCACAUUUUUUGCAUUAUUGUACCCCUUCGGCAAGCGAUUCACCGACUAUCCCCAGAUCACUUUGGUGAACAUCGGAUGGGCCAUUCCGAUGGCAAUGCACAGUCUCGGAUUAGAUCCUCUAUCCCAGAUGAAACCAACUGUGUGCAUGUUCCUGUUUAUUGGAUUGGUCAUCAUCAUGAUUGAUGUAAUUUAUUCGCGCCAGGAUACGGAGGAGGACUUGAAGGUCGGCGUGAAGAGCAUGGCGGUCCGUUUCAGGGAGUCCAUCGAGCUCCUGUCAUAUUCUCUCCUUUAUGCAUCCACCGGAUUCCUCGCGAUGGCAGGAUUCUUCACUGGACUUGGCCUGUCAUUUUUCGUGGUGUCUGUCGGCGGUCAUUUCUGCGGGUUCUGGGUUCUCCUUAAAGCGACUCGGGUAGGGAACUCGUAUGGAGUUGAAUCCUACGCCAAGUCCGCUUUCUUCCUUGCUACUUUGUUUUGGUUGUUUGGAUUUGUGAUUGAAUAUUGUCUGCGUAACUAG